AUGAGGGUCGCUGAAACUGUCCCGAGUCAUAUGCCGUGCUGCGGGUUUUCCGGCGGGGCUGAAGGCGGAGUGGCGAGCGGCGACGGCACAGAGCGAAGAGCAAGGACCAGGGCGUCGCAGCCGAACACGCUCGUGAGAGUGAGGGCGUCGCGAGAGGUUGGAGGCGAGGGCGUGGGCGAGGGCGAGGGCUGUCUCGAGGGAGCCAUAGACGGAACGGAGAAGAAGGUGCCAGAACUGCUCAGCGGCUGCACCUUAAUCAUCGUGGGCGCCGUGAUCGAAGCCCACUACAGCUUAUACCUGGACUUCAUCUCUCACAGCUACAUCUCCGCCCCGUCCAUCCUCAUUGCCGUGGGCGCCCUCAUCUUCGUGGUAGGGUUCUUCGGAUGCUGCGGCGCCAUCAAGGAGAACCACUGUAUGGUAGUCACGUUUGCCGUGUUGCUUUGCAUGAUCUUCGUGGUGCAAAUUGGAGUUGGAAUCACCUCCUACGUCCUCAGCUCUGAUGCCGAGAAGUUCCUGGAGGAUAACAUGCUUAGAUCCAUGCACAACUACAACUCCUCUCGCACUGGUGUCUACAGGACCUGGAAUGUUGUGCAGCAUGAGCAUGCCUGUUGCGGAACCAUAGACUAUAAUGACUGGAAGGCCACCACUUACGGAGAAUCAGUCCAUGGCGUUCCUGAUGCUUGCUGCAAGGAGUUCACCACUGACUGUGGCCGCAAUGUGUUUUCGGAUCCUUCCAAGCUGCCCUUCAUAAACCAGCUCGGCUGUUUUGACAAACUCAAAGGAGACAUCAAGGACAACAUCACCAUCUUAGGAGGAGUUGCUAUUGGCAUUGGAUGUGUUCAGGUACUGCACUUGGGGUCUUGGGGAUUGGUGGAUAGGUUAAUCUCUCCUGAUUUUCCUCCCCCAGGUUUGAGGGGCUUUGGUCUUUUUUUUAAUGGGCAAUGUUUGGAUAAUUUGCAUUGAAGAAUUAUUCAUUGA